UAACUAUAUAUCCCCGGGCUUUAAAACUCACCCGUGUUCCAAGCGAUCGAAUGUCCUUGACUUUAAAAUUCAUCACCACAUUUUCAGGCAGUAAGUUCAUCUAAAUUUCAGUAGACCAUGUCCGGCCAACUGUUGAAACUUUCUGCUUCGGGUCGGCAGUCAAGUACCACCAGACUUCACACAAAUCGCAAGAUACUCCAGCUCAUGAAGUCCUGGUGGUAUCGCAGGCGCUUUGAUGGUUUCGAGAAAAAGGAGAUCCCGGCACGGCAGCCAAUUCCAAGGAUCCGCCGAAGUCGCUAUCCGGACGCAAAGGAAAAUCCGUUCCGUAGAAGUCCCGAAUGUCUGCCAGGAAGGGGAGAGGUCCUCGAGCCCACACGCAUUCAACCGCCGCGGAAUUCAAUGUGUUUCUCGGUAAUACGAUUCUUUGGAAGCUCCGCUUUUGAUGGAGGAUCCGGUGAACCACCGGAAGAUCGGGAGGGCAAGCUGAUUAAGUUCCCUGUGAGAUCUCGUUCAGAAAAACUUCAAAAGGGAAAGUUGAAUAUCUCGAAAACAGAACCGCUUGCCUUUGGCACAGAUACUUCUGCCGGGAAGGAAUCAUCUCAGUCAGAUCGUUUAUUGGGAUUGUCAGAAAAGUCUACGACCAAGGAGUUAACUCCAGAUACCCAAACACCUAAGGCUUUGGAUCAAUCGGGAAAAGAUGGGGAAGACGAUGAGCUCGAAAGUGUUUUACUCAAAUCCGUAACGGAGUCUAUCAACGCAUUUGAUGAGUCGAAUGAACCUUGGAAAUCGAAUGAUCCCCUAGGAAUUCAAUCCCAACCACCGGAACGUAGCCAAAGUGGAAGUAAACCACCAAGCAAACCCCCUUCAGGACCUAAAAACCCUUCGAAGCCGCCGACAAUUGGAAAGCCUCAUCCAUUAACCGUGAAUAAUGCCGGAGCGGGAGCUAAGCCUCCUAUGAAAACAGCAUCUGGAGGUAAAUCGCCCACUAAACCUCCUACAGGAAGUAAACCUCCCAGUAAACCGCCAGCGGGAAGUAAGCCACCUAGCAAACCUCCUACUGGAAGCAAACCUCCCAGUAAACCGCCUGCAGAAAGUAAACCUCCCAGUGAGGCGCCUACUGCCAGUACACCACCCACAGGAAGUAAGCCUCCGACUGGAAGUAAGCCUCCCACAGGAAGUAAGCCUCCCAGUAAACCUCCCACAGGAAGUAAGCCUCCCAGUAAACCGCCAGCAGGACCCAAACCACCAACUGCCGGCGAAUCGAAGAGAGGCGGAGCUGGAGGCAAGUCAGAAAAGGAUGCAGAUGGAACAAGAGUCAUAACCCUAAUGCCUGGCGAUGGCAUUGGGCCGGAGAUCUCGAUGGCGGUGAUCAAGGUGCUGGAGGCCGUGAAGGCACCUCUAAUCUUUGAGCCCGUGGACGUGACACCGGUGAAAAAUGCCGAGGGCCACACCACAGUGCCCGACCAGGUGAUCGAGAGCAUGAACCGGACGAAGGUGGGUCUGAAGGGUCCCCUGAUGACCCCGGUGGGCACUGGCUUCCGUUCGCUGAAUCUCACCCUUCGCCAGCUGUUCAACCUGUACGCCAACAUUCGACCUUGCAAAUCGCUACCUGGUGUGGAGACCAUUUACGGCGAUGUGGACAUCGUGACCAUUCGGGAGAACACCGAGGGCGAGUACUCGGGCAUCGAGCACACCCUGGUCGACGGGGUCGUCCAGAGCAUCAAGCUGAUCACGCGGCCGGCCUCGCUCCGGGUGGCCGAGUACGCUUUCCAGUAUGCCCUGGACAUGAAGCGGAAGAAGGUUACGGCCGUGGCCGAAUCGCAGGCCAUGCGAAUGUCCGACGGAUUGUUCCUGACGUGCGUCCGCGAAAUGGCCGCCAAGUACAAGAACAAAAUGGACAAGGCGGGUAUUGUUUAUGAGGAGUCGACGAUGACCACCCUCUGUCUGAAUAUCGUCCAGGAUCCCAAACGAUACGACAUGCUGGUGCUGCCCAAUCUGUAUGGCGAUAUCAUCUCGGACACUUGUGCCGGAUUGAUUGGCGGACUGGGUCUGACGCCCUCGGGCAAUGUGGGCACCAAUGGCGCCAUUUUCGAGUCGGUGCACGGAACUGCUCCGGAUAUAGCUGGCAAGGAUCUGGCCAAUCCCACGGCCCUGCUGCUGUCCACUGUGAUGAUGCUGCACUACAUCGGAAUGCACGAGCACGCGGACAACAUAGAGCAGGCUGUGCUGAAGACCAUCAAGGAGGACAACAUCCGCACCAUGGACUUGGGCGGCAAGGCCAAGUGCUCCGAGUACACCAAUGCGCUGAUCAACAACCUCAAGUGACCCAAAUCGAUCCUAUUGAACUUAUACUUAUGUCAUUGUUAAGCUCAAAUUGUCGUUUGAAUGCCCUUGAGGUAUUUUGUUUACAACUAAUUAAUAAUUACUUACAAACUUUUUAAGAA